UGCGUCAAAUCACGUUCACAGAAAUGCGAAGCUUUAUUUGCAUAGUUCUUGUUACGGUGCCCGUAAUGCCAGUUCGAGUAGAAGCACUUAAUAACGAAGCUAGAUUGAUAGAGGACCUACUGAAUAACUACCCUAAGACGAAAUCUGCUAGGCCGGUCUUAAAUGACUCUGAUGUUGUCGUCGUGACGUAUGGCUACAUUGUAACUCAAAUCGUUGAACUGGACGAACGACGUCAGUUUAUAACUGUAAACGGAUGGCUUUACAUGGAUUGGCAGGAUCAAUUUAUGAUAUGGAACGCCUCAGACUACGGUGGGAUAGAUAAAAUUAAAGUUCCCCAAGAUUCAAUUUGGAUGCCAGACAUGACACUCUACAACAACGUGGACAAUGGUUUUGAACGCAGCAAGACCACUGUUCCAUUAUCCAUUACUUUGGAUGGCUCUGUUUCUUUGGCAACAUCGGCCUUUUAUACCGCAUUCUGUAAAAUGGAUGUAAAGUAUUUUCCAUUCGACUUGGAAAUAUGUACCUUUAAGCAUGGAUCCUGGAGGUACAUGAUCGACCAGAUCGACCUAAAUGUUACAGAGAGAGAGGAGAGCCACCAAAAUUACUUCAAAGAGAAUGGUGUCUGGGAUCUAGAAUAUGUCGAUAUUGAAAAGACCAAUGAAUGUUAUGGUUGGUGGCCAAAUCCAUUCGCUCAUGUUAAUAUGAAGAUUGCUUUGAGCCGCCGCUACGAAUUCUAUGUUGGAAACAUUUUAGCACCUAGUGUUUUGCUUUCAUUUCUACAAGCUUUUGUAUUCUUAUUACCUCCGGAAUGCGGUGAGAAAAUUUCGUUUUCCAUCACAAAUUUGUUAGCAAUUGUGCUGUUCCAACAACUGAUUGCCGAACAAUUACCUCCCUCUGACGAAACCCCUUAUAUUGCAAAUUUCAUUACAUUGAUAAUCACUCUUGGAUGCAUCUCAGUUGUGGCAACGUCGAUUAUCCUGAAGUUACACUUUGGACGACACAGUAAGCCUGUGAAUGGACACAUUUACAAAGUAUUCGUCAGAGGUCUAGGCUCGGCUCUUGGAGUUUAUAAACUGGAUUCUGACACCACAUCUGCUAAUUUUAGAAGAGCUGACCCGGUACGACCGUGUUUUGCCGAAAUCAGUGCAGAUAUCAACAACACAAAAAUGUCAACUUCACAACUUCACGAGUCAUCAUCCGAAAAAAGAAUGACAGACAUCAAAAUGUUAAAUCAGCCAAUCGAUGAACGGAAAAAAGAGGAAGAAAUAACACAAACAUGGAUUGACCUGGCACGUGUAUUUGACAGAGUAAUGCUAAUCGUUUGGAUAUCAGCUAUCGUUCUAGUAAUCGUCAUGAUAAUUGCAAUGUUCCUACUUUCCAAAAAGAAACGUUUGGUAGGUAAAGGAGGGGAAUAUCCCAAAACUCGAAGCGCCAUUGUGUUAAAGUGCGUAUAGGCGUGGUCCGUGGCACCUAGCCUCCGUAAAGAGGCGCUUAUAGUAGCAACAUGUUCACAUCAUUGCACAACGACAGGGGCUGAAAUGAACCGAGGCAUCGGAAUAACUUCCUACCCUUCCGAAAGAUGCAAUGCAAUUUUCAAGGCAGAGGCUACUUACACCAAUCUAAGAAUUCCUAAUUAUGAUUGGAUGUUUGUUCUAAUCUAAUGAACAAUAAGGUCCAAGCACAAUUAUUAAGAAUUUGUUAGGACAGGUGUAACAAUAGCCACUGUACUGAUUUUUAAAGCACUAAAAAGAAAGAUAAACCACAAUCAAGAAUUUCACCGAAUAUAUAUAUGUAAUAUCGUAUCGUAUAUAAUAUAUAUUGUGUUAUGACAUAGCACAUGACUUAUUUAUCAACAUUAAAUACUGGACCUUGUGCACGUCAAAGUAUAAUGUUUUUCAAUUUGCUUCUGGUUGUUCAUUUUGACAAAUGUAAUAUUUAAUUUAGCUGCACUAGUAGUUUGUAGAAUUUCAGUUCAUUUAUUUUCAUUUUCAUUUAUCCAUCAUCAUCAACAAUAAAAAAAAAAGACAAAAAACAUUAAUAAAAAAUACAAUGAUGAAAAGGACAAUAAAAAAAAGACAAAAACUAAGAAGACCUUGUAAAUCAAGGUAUCCGAAGUAAGAAAAAAAGAUAUAAGGCCAAGAAAAAAAAAAACAUUGACUAAUGCAACACCAAUUAGGUAAAUUGAAUAAGGAAACACACACAACACCACACACAUACACAAAUGCCAAAAAAGAAGAAGAAAACAUACCAAAAGGCUAAUAGGUGAAUAAAUAAAUAAAGUGAAUAAAUAUAUUUUUUCCUUUGCUUGAUGACCUUUUGACCUCCUGAAUUCUGCAUCAUGAGAUUUUCGAGUCGAUUCAAUCGAGAGGGUUUCAUGCAAAUGUUUCGUACGGGAAAAAAUCGCCGCCCGGCGCGUUUUGUGGGUUUGAAAAGGCUUUUGUUCUUGUUUAUUUUUUGUUGCGUUCCUAUUGUACUUUGAAAGUUUUUAAAGCUUUUGCGACUAUCGUUCAGAUAUGGGGGUCCGUUCGAACUUAAACUAAGUUGGCGGGGAGAUGCACACAAAAAUUAUGGUUGGUUGCUAUUUGGACCGGCUUCAGCCUGUAUACCACAAAACUUUGGCGGGGAGCGGCCAGGCAAGGCUUGAAACUUCGGCAGGAAUCGAAAAAUGUGCGCAACCAAUGAGAGCUAAGGA